GAAGUGACCAACGGUCAAUAAACAAGCAAUGGAUUAAUCUAUUGGAUCACUCAGCCCUUGAUGGUCUAUAUAAAUGGUCAAAACCCGAAGGAAGAACUGGAAGAAUGGGUUACGGAAUUACAAUCUCACAAUUAUACAUCGGCCAGGAAGAAUUCAUUCAAAUGUAG